AUAUUUUACGGAAAUUGCAGAUGUUACUUUUCGUUAUCUUCGAGCAACACAUGGUGUAGUUCACCUGUAUAUAUAUCAAUAAAACGGAAAACCAAACGCUCUUUACUUAUUUAUCAAGGGAAUCUUUAAAAGAAUCAGCCAUGGUAAGCGUGGUCAUACCUUUUUUGAUGUCUGUCAUUCUUGGCAGAACUAUUGAUUUGAGGACGUAUGAUAUCGGGGGAGAUAUCUAUGACAGUCAGGAUUAUACGGAGGUUCCGUUGCAUGUUCUGAACUCAACGUACAACAUUUUGGACCAGAAUGUCUAUCCAUACUCUUACGUAGGACUUCCAGCUGAUUUAGUGUUGCGAAUUAAAUCGAAUCAUCUGAGUUCAGCCUCAGGCACCUUGGGCCUUGACGGACUUCUUAAGACUCAACAUAAAUCGAAAGCUACAACCAUCGUAGUUUCAUCAUUUUAUCAAACGGUUUACAGAGAGUUAAGUGACAACGCAAAGCUAAUCCCCCAAUGGUCAGAGCAAAUUAAAAGGAGUCGUACUCAUUAUGCCGCAUCUGCCAUCUAUGGUGGAUGGAGUGCUAUAUUCUAUAAAGUGAUCUGCACUCACCCAGACGACGAUAAGACUGUCAGGGACAUCUUGACAUCGAAAUUAGGAGUAAUGGGAACAAUUUCUGAAAAGACAGUAGGUCUUUGGAAUGAAGCUUUCGAAACCAUUAAAAAUCAUCCAGAUUUGAAGGAUACAAUAAACGUCCAAGUGAAAAGGUUUUCGAGCCAUCCCGUUGCAGAAGAUAUUUCGACGCCUGACAAACUAUGGGAAGCCAUCAAGGCAUUUGAAUUUGACGUGGGACUAGUUGGACGUCCGCUUUUUGUGGAAUUUAGACCUCUGCGCAAGCUUGACAACCGAUUUCCAUCUGUAAGACCACACCAUGAGUUGGACAAAGAAAUGGAAAUCCUUGAUGAAAUGUAUGAUGACUUGAGGUUUUCAAUGGGAGUCAUGAGGAAAUGGUUAUCCAACUCGUUGACUGAAUUUACCGAUGAACAAGAAGACAAGCUUUUGAAGUUGUUUGACCACCUACGCGGUACCCUUGAUUUCUUCCACACUGUGGCCGGGAAUGCCAGUAUCUAUGACCCGAUGGACGCAAACUAUUUGAAAUCAGCCAUGCUGAUGUACCAUAGGGGUUUAACAAAACAGACCAGUUCCUACAAAAUGCUAUACUAUCGACUGAAAGAAGAUUUAGAUGCCGAAUGUGAAGAUACAUUUAGACGAGGCAUAAGUGGAAUCUUGAAGGUAUCUCAUGACGAAAAAAUCGAAUUGGGUGGUCUUGUCAAUGACUUAGAAGAAUGCAAGAAAGAAUGCGUAGAAGAACCAAAAUGCAGAUCCAUAGGAUAUGCGGAAAAUGCACCAGUUUUGGAGUACGAUCAUACAAGCAAAGGUCUCAGAAUUGUCAGAAAGGAAAGACAGUGCUGGCUUUUCUUCAGAAGUUCUCGCACAACUACUUUAGCUCCAUCUAAAGUUGAAGGAUUGAUAAAAAUUUACGACAGAAAUUGUUACUAAACUCUUUCUUCUUUUUUAAACAGAUUAAAUAAUAUUUUCAUUUUUA